GCCUCGCCUGCUUUUUCCCCUGUGGGUGAGGCUGCUGUGUGGGCGUGGGGUGAUUCACGUGGAGCACGUGGGUGGUGGGCGUGGCCUGCCUGGCGCCAAGGGCAGGUAACCCAGCCAGUUCUGCUUCUGACGCUUCAUUCCAGCCAUCAGCAGUCCCUGUGCCUGCCAUGAAAGCCUCUCGCUGCCUUGGCCGCAGUCCCAGUGGGGGGCCUUGGGCCCCCGACAUGCGGUGAUCUCAGGGCAAGAGCUGCCACCACCACCCAGGACCUCUCCAGCCAUGCAUGCCCACCCCAAGGAGAUGGUGCCCCUAGUGGGCAGGAGGACCACUGGCCCCAGUGGAAACCCUGUUGUCCUGACAGAGAAGAGACCGGCAGAAGUCACCCCCACCAAGAAGAGUGCACACUUCUUCCUGGAGAUAGAAGGGUUUGAGCCCAACCCCACUGUUGCCAAGACCUCGCCCCCCAUCUUCUCCAAGCCCAUGGACUCCAAUAUCCGGCAGUGUAUCUCUGGCAACUGUGAUGACAUGGACUCUCCCCAGUCUCCACAGGAUGAUGUGACAGAGACCCCAUCCAAUCCCAACAGUCCAAGUGCAAACCUGGCUAAGGAAGAGCAGAGGCGGAAGAAGAAGCGGCUGAAGAAGCGCAUCUUUGCAGCGGUGUCUGAGGGCUGUGUGGAGGAGCUGGUGGAGCUGCUGGCGGAGCUACAGGAGCUUUGCAAGAGGCGCCGCGGCGGCAUGGAUGUGCCUGACUUCCUCAUGCACAAGCUGACAGCCUCAGACACAGGGAAGACCUGCCUCAUGAAGGCCUUGUUAAACAUCAACCCCAACACCAAGGAGAUCGUGCGGAUCCUGCUGGCCUUCGCCGAGGAGAACGACAUCCUGGACAGGUUCAUCAACGCCGAGUACACUGAGGAGGCCUAUGAAGGGCAGACCGCGCUGAACAUCGCCAUCGAGCGGCGCCAGGGAGACAUCACCGCGGUGCUCAUCGCGGCGGGCGCCGACGUCAACGCCCAUGCCAAGGGGGUCUUCUUCAACCCCAAGUACCAGCACGAAGGCUUCUACUUCGGUGAGACGCCCCUGGCCCUGGCGGCAUGCACCAACCAGCCCGAGAUCGUGCAGCUGCUGAUGGAGAACGAGCAGACGGACAUCACCUCGCAGGACUCUCGGGGAAAUAACAUCCUACACGCGCUGGUGACGGUAGCCGAGGACUUCAAGACCCAGAAUGACUUUGUUAAGCGCAUGUACGAUAUGAUCUUGCUGAGGAGCGGCACCUGGGAGCUGGAGACCACCCGCAACAAUGACGGCCUCACGCCACUGCAGCUGGCCGCCAAGAUGGGCAAGGCCGAGAUCCUGAAGUACAUCCUCAGUCGUGAAAUCAAGGAGAAGCCGCUCCGGAGCCUGUCAAGGAAGUUUACUGACUGGGCGUAUGGCCCUGUGUCGUCCUCACUGUAUGACCUCACCAACGUGGACACCACAACAGACAAUUCUGUGCUGGAGAUAACCGUCUACAACACCAACAUCGAUAAUCGGCAUGAGAUGCUGACUCUGGAGCCCCUGCAUACGCUGUUGCACAUGAAGUGGAAGAAAUUUGCCAAAUACAUGUUCUUCUUGUCCUUCUGCUUUUAUUUCUUCUACAACAUCACCCUGACUCUUGUCUCUUACUACCGUCCUCGGGAGGUGGAGGCCCUCCCACACCCCUUGGCCCUGACGCACAAGAUGGGGUGGCUGCAGCUGUUGGGGAGGAUGUUUGUGCUUAUCUGGGCCACAUGCAUCUCUGUGAAAGAGGGUAUCGCCAUCUUCCUGCUGAGACCCUCGGAUCUGCAGUCCAUCCUGUCAGAUGCCUGGUUUCACUUUGUCUUUUUUAUCCAAGCUAUGCUUGUGAUACUGUCUGUCUUCUUGUACUUGUUUGCCUACAAAGAGUACCUCGCCUGCCUCGUGCUGGCCAUGGCCCUGGGCUGGGCGAACAUGCUCUACUACACACGCGGCUUCCAGUCCAUGGGCAUGUACAGCGUCAUGAUCCAGAAGGUCAUUUUGCAUGAUGUCCUGAAGUUCUUGUUUGUAUAUAUCGUGUUCUUACUUGGAUUUGGAGUAGCCCUGGCCUCACUGAUCGAGAAGUGUUCCGAGGACAACAAGGACUGCAGCUCCUACGGGAGCUUCAGUGACGCGGUGCUGGAGCUCUUCAAGCUCACCAUAGGCCUGGGCGACCUGAACAUCCAGCAGAACUCCACGUACCCCAUCCUCUUCCUGUUCCUGCUUAUCACCUACGUCAUCCUCACCUUCGUCCUCCUCCUCAACAUGCUCAUCGCCCUGAUGGGAGAGACAGUGGAGAAUGUCUCCAAGGAGAGUGAGAGGAUCUGGCGCCUACAGAGAGCCAGGACAAUCUUGGAGUUUGAGAAAAUGUUACCAGAAUGGCUGAGAAGCCGAUUCCGGAUGGGAGAGCUGUGUAAAGUUGCAGAGGGAGACUUCCGGCUGUGCCUGCGGAUCAAUGAGGUGAAGUGGACCGAAUGGAAAACCCAUGUCUCCUUCCUUAACGAAGAUCCGGGACCCAUCAAACGGACAGAUAUCAACAAAAUGCAAGAUUCUUCCAGAAACAACAGCAAAACCACUCUCAAUGCGUUUGACGAAAUGGAUGAAUUUCCAGAAACUUCAGUGUAGAAGCAAAACCUAGAGCUGGUGUGAGCAUGGCGUGUUAGAUGCUGCAGGCUGGGUCCUGGAUUCUGUGCCGUGGGGCUGUGCAGAGUGGCUGACAAGAAGAGAAGCAGAAAGCACUUCAGGCUGAGCUGGGGACUCUCUGAGAGGCAGCUGUCAGUAUCUAAGAGGGAAAUAAUUUGGAUUUUGAUGUUCAGUAGGCCCACAGUCCUCAGCCGGGGAGCUCCUAAAGUCUGGGUGAAGUCUCUGGUUUGACCAGGUCAUCUUGGCUGGGAUGACAGGUAUUGGGGAAGGGGCAGAGGCCUGAGGGGCAGGGAGGGCAGUCUUUCCAAGGCCACAGAUUCUACCAUCUCCCUUAGUACUGUGACUGGGUCAUGUGAUUUUGUGGGAGACUUUAGAUCCCAUCCCAGAAUGUGCAAGGGAUUGAGCCAAAUCGGAUAUCCUGAAGGAGGAAGGGAAUGAGCUGUGGAACUGGCUUUCUAGAACCUUCAGGUAACAGGAAACCACCUUUGGAAUGAAACCCAGGGCUCAAACCAUCUCAAACCAAGAGAUGUUUUUAGUAGUGUAAUUAACACAGUGUUUUAAUUUUAAAAUAGAAAAGACAUUUCAUUUUUGAAUGCAAAUCACUUUAGGUGAAGUAGGUGAAUUUAAAAGCUGAGGAGUAGAUCUUGAGCUUUGGGGCUGGAUAUACAUUAUAUACUUGGCCUCAGGGUGGCCAGAGCCCAACAAUAAGCUUUUCUUUAUUCACAGGAGGUCUGCUGGAGAUGUGCUGUGAUCUGGGUGAAAGGGCUUGGCUCCUUCCCCCUCGGGCCUUGCCAUAGGGCAUGCUUCUGAGCUGGGACAGAAAUAGCAGCUGUUCUAUUUAUAUGGUUUUCAAUCUCUGAGGCAACUAGUGUACAACAGUUAUUUCUCCUUGGGGAAUUUAGCAAAAUGACUGAAAUGCUCCGGGAGUAAGUAUUUUGUUCACUGUGAAUUUUGAGGCUGAAGGGGAAGGCUCGUGAGAGGAGGAUUUGGCCAAGACUUGGGGCCUAUUUUUAGAUCCUCACCCUCAGAUUUUCUGUCCUCCGAAAUUCCACAGAGUUUUGAGGCAGAGAUGGAGACUGAAGAAAUUUCCCAGAUGGCUAGAGCCCAACCAACCAACAAAGCACUCUCCUCUGGUAUUCAGUGAAAGGUGUCUCCAGUGGCAGAAGGAGCAGAUGUGUUCCAGAUGGUCAGAACUAGUCAAGAACUAGAGAAAGAUUCUGGUUUCAUUCAGUCCCUACCUGCUCCAGAUCUCCAGAUGUUAGAGAUGUUUAGGCAGAAGCUGAGUGAAUACUUACUGAAGGUGUUGUUAAAGAAAGUAAUAGGAGGAAUUUUAAGAUUCCUUUCAGCCUGGAGAGUCUACAAAUCAAUAUUCUAGAGCUGGAGUGGCCUCCUUGCAUUGAUCCUGAACAGAGGUGCUGGCCUUGAAGGGCAGUCAUUGGAUCCAUGGUGCCAUGUACUACAUUAUGGAUCUGGGAAUUCCAGAACUGAUUUGACUUAGAUUUUAAUGCGUAAAACCAUUUUCCACUUGGGCAAAAGCUGGGAGGUUAGUCAAUAAUUGGGUAAAAAAUCAUAAUAAUAAUUGGGCAAUUUUAUACCUGGAACCUAAAGCUCUGAAAGGAACACGGAGGACAUCAUAUCAGAGUUGUUGAGGCUGGAAUGUCCUCUAAUUUUAUGUCACAGAUAUAUCCCUUAUCAAUGUUUUCAGCACAGUUAUUUAGUAAAUUUAAGUCUAUCUUUGUGGUUGGCACAUGGCAGAGAGCUAGGGAUUUUGCUCUGACGACACAUUUGGCAGUCAGCAUUGUCCCUAUAAUCCCUGUGACUAGUCUAAAAUUCAAGUGUGCACACAGUUGUGCACAAAAAUCACACACACAUACACACCCCACCAACCCCUGAGCCCAUCAGGAUAUCUUCAAACUCCAUGAUUUACAUUUCAGUCGUUGAAGGGGAAGGCUUUUCCCAGUGAUGGAAUCCCCCAGGCUCAGGCUAUUUUUGGCUGCAAUGCUGUUUUCCUUAGGAAUAAUGCGUUAUUGUAGACAUUAUGUCAUAUGUCUUGUUUGGAAUAAAUAGGGUGCUUACCUUCCUCCCUGGGAUGUGCCAGGUUGUACUGUGAAGCCAUUCAGCUCUUAAAGGCACCUGCUCAAGAGAGUGCAGUAUUAUUGACAUUCCUUUCCUUCCUCAAGGCUGGAUGAACUGUAUCCUCUGCUCUGGGUGGGGCCCAGGGGGAUAGGUUAUUAUCCAGGCCUGUAAGCCAUACUUGAUGUCUGUAUCAAUUUACUUUUUUUUCCCUGUGAACUUGGUUCCAAACACAGAAUUGUCACCCCAUUCUCACCAAUGAUGCCUGAAUCUUGUAAGUUGUAAUUUAUAGUCAUAUUUUUAAUGUUGUGUGCAUUUGUGUGAAGCUAUUUUCAAGAAAGAAGUCAUAAAAGGAGUGAAAAUAUUUUAGUUCCAUUGAAGAAAUGCCUUUUUGAUUUCUAAUAAAUAUUUAUUUUGCCUUGUUA